AAACCUCCUCCCCGAGGCGACCAGACAGACCACUCGCCUCCACCCCCAACAAGGGCAGCAGACGACCCAGGGCUCGGCAUCGUCUCCCACCACCACCACCCCUCGUGGCACACACCGGUGACGCGUCUCGUCACACCGCGGCUGCAGUCAAAGACCCAGGUGUGCGCAAUGUCGCAGUGGGGCGGUGGCGCCGCGUGUGGCGUGUGCAACCAGCGCGUGUACCACGCGGAGGAGGUGCAGUGCGCGGGGGGCAGCUUCCACAAGUCCUGCUUUCUGUGCCAGGUUUGCCGUAAGAACCUGGACAGCACGACGGUGGCGUCGCACGGCUCGGAGAUCUUCUGCAAGUCCUGCUAUGCCAAGAAGCAUGGCCCCAAGGGCUACGGCUACGGGCAGGGCGCGGGGACGCUCAGCAUGGAUUCGGGCCAGCACCUCGGCAUCAAGCCCGACGAGGCGCGGCCUGGCAGCUGGGGAGGCGGCAGUGGGGAGUCCGGAGCCUCCAAGGGGGCGGGGAAGUUCGGCGGAGCUGAGAAGUGCUCGCGCUGCGACAAGUCCGUGUACGCGGCCGAGCGCGUCAUCGGGGGCGGGAAGCCGUGGCACAAGCAGUGCUUUCGAUGCGCCAAGUGUGGCAAGGGGCUGGAGUCCACGACGGUGACGGACAAGGACGGCGAGAUUUACUGCAAGGCGUGCUACGCCAAGAACUUUGGCCCCAAAGGCUUUGGCUUCGGACAAGGAGCGGGAGCGUUGGCCCACGCGCAGUGACACGUGGGCGACCCCACCCCCCCAUUUCUCGCGGACGCAGGAGCCGCCGUUCCCACCAUCGCUCUGGAAAAAAAUCCAGCGGUGGGCGAGGGCUGACACCAGGCCCUUCUUUCGCCACUCCCCUUCGCCCCCACCUCGUCGUCGGCAGCGACGUCCCACAUUUUCCUCGCGUGUCCACGUAUGUUGGGGGAGUGCAAAUUGACACAUCGGCACUCGGAGAAGGACGACAAAUACAGCGUGUAUUAUUUGGGCCCAUAACAUUACCUUGGGGGCUCCUCAAACUGUGUUAAUGAUUUUCAAUAAUCCGACAAAAGCCUCUUAGGCCCCAGAGCAACCUGUAAGAUUAUCUACUGCUUGCACGUGUACACAAUCCAAAUAUGAUCACACAGGCGAGGUAGAUAAGUGUGUUUGAGACUCCUUAAUUGCUCCGCUGUGAAGGUGGUUAUUAAAAGGGCAGUAGAGCAAGUAGGUUGCUGACCAAUCUGCAUAUAGAGCUUUUAGAAUAACUCUUAUUUGCUUGUGUUGAGAAAUCGAGACAAACAACGCUGCUGGGAAAAUAAGUGCCUUCACGCUGACUUGAACUUUUCCUGAAUAAUUAUAUAGUUUUUGUAUAUUCAGUGGGCACUCCUCCCUCUUCCAAGAUGUAUGGUCAGGAUGGACGAGUAGGCCAAACACCCUCGAGAGGAACUCCCUAGAGAGCCAGCAGUGGAGGCCUUUCUGCCAACUGUGGCAUGAACAAGCGAUUUCAGGACUGCACCUUUACCUGUGCUAAAUUUAAAUUGCAUUCAAUAACUUGCGAAAUCCCAAAAACAUCCGACUAAAUCUUCCAAAACAUCCUUAAGUGCUCCUAACAUGUUGGAUCAAAACAAGCGAUAACAGCCUUUCAGAUUUCAACAAGAGCCCGUUUUUUAGAACGGCGCACCGAGUUACAAAACGCCUCACGAUACCCCCCCCUCCACAGCAACCUGGCAACCCAGAACCACAUUCUCACGGCCUCAUAAAUUUAACUGACCGCAGGCUUGCCCAUGACUUGCUUCCUGAUGAGUUGGGGAGACAAUGUUCUCUGGCUAUCACGCUCACCAUACGCAUGUGAUUAACGUCUUAUGCUGUGGUGAUGAAUGUCCACUGGCACAUGUUGGUGUCUGUAGAUUGUUAGCUUACGACUUCUCAAGUGGUGCAGCAUUGCGUGGGUAAACAAUAUUUGUCAAAGCUUCGGUUUCUUAAUCCUCAAAUAAUUAUAACAGCCGAUUUUACAUUGAAAUCAAAAAUCUAAAUAAAUCCAUUCUAAUAUAGCUUUAUAAUAUUCAAUAUUCUUGGUUCUUUCGGUAAAUAAUAAAAAUAUUAAACAAUACAAUUCUAUAAUAUAAAACAAUACAAUUCUAGUGAGAAGUUUAUUGUUUUAAAUUUUUAUUAUUUUAUUGUUCCCUUCUACGUGACUUUACCGAAAGAACCAAGAAUAUAAUAUUCAAUAAGUGUUAUACUAUGCUUAAGCAUUACAAUCGUUACGUUGCAGGAUGGCUUGGAGAGGCCUUCAUCCAACAGUUGAUUGUUCAUGGCUGCUGAUGAUUAUGACGAUACUAACAUAGGAUGCAUUUUCUGAGACUGCCCCCAGCCACAAAAACGUGUAAUUUCCAUCACUGGAUCAGAAUCGUACGUGAAGAUUCGAAUCCCCCCCCCACCCCCAUGUAUGUUACUGUAGGAAAACACUUUCAAAUAUAUAUUUUCAACUAUAAUAAAGUACUAAGUAAAGUCCAUUGUCGGUAUUCGAUAAAUAUACGUAUAUUAUUUCAUAACUUUGCAGAUGAUUGUAAAACUAAAAAAUGCUGCAUCUACUUACUUGCAAGUUUGGUCAAUGUGAGACAAUGGAAACACAGCGCUUUACUUCGUUCCAAUUUCUUUUUUUUAUCUCGCAGGAUCGUUUACAUUCCACAAGUUGUUUCCACAUUGCCGUUGAAUGUCGAACUGUACCAUUUCUGGGGGUUGCGGCCAGAUGAGCUGAAGGACCUUUUAAUAUUCCAUGAAAAAUCUGUAGAGUAGUUCACUUGUUCCUAAGCAUGUCCGUACAGCAGUUGUCCCUUGUUCCGAAGCGCCGUGGCUUUUGGGGACCCUGGCCAUAGGGCAUUGACCUGAUUGGCACCUAAUUCUAGAUUUGAAGUUUUCGGGACAGCAAGGAUUCAUACUCUUUGGUUUUUUCGGUGAAGUCACGUAGGUAAAAAAUAAAUUAAAUAAAUGAAAACAACUAAAUUAAAUCACGACGUUUUGGGUGCAACACAAGCGUCCGUCUGCAGGUGUUCGCUACGUUGUCCACACCUGAAGAAGGGCGCUUGUGUUGUGCCCGAAACGUCGUGAUUUAAUUUAGUUUUAAUUUAUUUCAUUUACUGAUUAUCACCGUUUGAAAUCCUACAUUUGAAUCCUGAGCUUCAGCACGAAAUUUAUUCCGAGAGCGUAAGCAAGCGAAGUGAUGGAAUUCGUGACUGGUUAGUACUCUGACACUGCCCAUUAUGAGCCCCCUUAAAAGACAACCGUGCAGACAAUGUAGACAUCUCUAGCACAAGUCUGACACUAAAAUGUGUAAUCUUAGGUUCAUUAGUUAGAUCUCUACCGCAAAUACACUAGUUUUGUAUCAUUUACGUCUGUUGCGCGAUGAAACGGGAUGACGUGCCGUUGUCGUUCGAGCAUUUUCACUUUCAUUAAAACCUUACACCAAA